GAUGCCACUGCUGAAGCUGGUCCUCCUGGUCCUUCUGAUCAGCAGAGUGACACCCGUGUGCCAGUUACAGGGCAGAGCGCUACCACCCGAGCUGACCCAGACUGGGGACUUCACUUUAGGUGGCAUCUUCACGUUCCGCACAGGCUACACAGGCAGCGUGCCCACUUUUCAAACCUUACCCGAUCCUCCAAAAUGUCUAAACAUUAACGUAAGAGAAUUCAAAUUUGCCCAGACCAUGAUUUUUGCGAUUGGGGAAAUAAAUAGGAACCCUUCUAUUCUUCCAAAUUACACGCUGGGCUACAGGAUAUACAAUUCAUGUGGAAUGACCAACAUUAUACAGUCUGCUUUAAAUUUAGCCAACGGACAGAAAGAGAUGAUAGAUGAGAGGAACUGCACAAAAGCUGACCGUGCACAGGCUGUGCUGGGCCACUCGGCUUCUGCACCAACGGUGGGAUUUGCUCGGAUCAUAGGACGAUUCCACGUGCCAGUGAUCAGUCACUUCGCAACCUGUGCAUGUCUGAGCAACAGAGAGGAGUUCCCGUCCUUCUUCCGAACCAUCCCGAGCGACCUCCACCAGAGCAGAGCCCUGGCAAAGCUUGUCAAGCACUUCAGCUGGACCUGGGUGGGGGCAAUAAGUAACAAAAACGAGUACGGCGUCAACGGGAUCACCUCGUUUAUACAAGCUGCUCAAGAGGAAGGGGUGUGCGUGGAGUACUACGAGGCGUUUGAACAAACAGGUCCUCCUCGCGAGUUGCAUAAAGUACUCGAGGCUGUGAAGCGCUCCACCUCUAAAGUCGUCGUGGCUUUCAUGUCCCACAGAGAGGUGAAAGUGCUGGCGGCCGAGCUGUACAAACGGAAUGUGACAGGACUGCAGUGGGUUGGCAGUGACGCCUGGAUCACCGACCACUCCCUGACUGACAGCGAGGGACACGGCCUCCUCGUGGGCUCCUUGGGUUUCGUCAUCAGCCGAGCACGGAUCCCGGGUCUGGAGGAGCACCUGAGGCGGCUCCACCCGUCGCUAUUUACCGGGAGUCAGUUUGUCAGGGACUUCUGGGAGGAUGUUUUUGACUGCUCCCUGAAUCCCGCUGUAGACACACAAAGAAAGCCGUGCACUGGCUCCGAGAGCCUGCAGAGCGUAGACUCGUAUUUCACGGACGUUUCUGAGCUGAGAUUUACUAACAACGUGUACAAGUCGGUUUAUGCAGUGGCCCACGCUCUCCACAGCCUGGUCACAUGUGAAGAGGGGAAAGGGCCGUUCUCCAACGGGAGCUGUGCUGAUACUAAACACUUUGAGCCAUGGCAGGUGCUGCAUUACUUACAGAAUAUCAACUUCACGACAAGUGGGGGCGAGACAGUGACUUUUGACCAAAACGGAGAUUCAGCCGCAAGAUAUGAACUCGUGAAUUUACAACGCGUGACCUCAGGGACCAUGCACGUCGCCACAGUCGGUACUUUUGACUCCGCUCGGCCCGGAGAGCGUCAGUUCAUAAUGAACAGCGAGAAGAUAGUGUGGGGAGGAGGAGGUGAAACGGUGCCUGUGUCGGUGUGCAGUGAGAGCUGUCCUCCAGGAAAACGCAAAGUGCUGCAGAAAAGAAAACACGUUUGCUGUUAUGACUGUAUUCCGUGCGCAGAAGGAGAAAUCAGCAACGUUACAGACUCGAUGGAUUGCUUCAAAUGUCCCAUUGAACUAUGGCCGAACAGCAGAGGAGACGCAUGCAUCAUGAAGGAAAUUGAAUUUCUGUCUUUUGCAGAGCUCAUGGGUAUCAUUUUAACUUUCCUCUGCUUGACGGGGGCAGCUUUGACUGCUGUGAUCGCAUUAGUGUUCUUUUAUUUCAGGGAAACUCCUAUUGUCAGGGCCAACAACUCAGAGCUGAGCUUCCUGCUGCUCUUCUCCUUGACUCUGUGUUUCCUGUGCUCUCUGACCUUCAUCGGCCGGCCCUCUGAGUGGUCCUGCAUGCUGAGACACACAGCAUUUGGCAUCACCUUUGUCCUCUGCAUUUCAUGUGUCUUAGGGAAAACACUAGUGGUGUUAAUGGCCUUCAGGGCUACACUCCCAGGCAGUAAUGUGAUGAAAUGGUUUGGGCCUUUACAGCAGAGACUGUGUGUCGUGGCUUUCACCCUCGUACAAGUUUUGAUUUGCUUGUUGUGGCUGACAAUCAACCCUCCUUUCCCUUACAGAAAUAUGAAUCACUACAAGGACAGGAUUAUUCUCGAGUGUGCUCUGGGGUCAGCUGUAGGCUUCUGGGCUGUGCUAGGAUACGUUGGACUCUUGGCUUUGUUAUGUUUUGUGCUUGCUUUUCUGGCUAGAAACUUACCAGAUAAUUUUAAUGAAGCUAAAUUCAUCACCUUCAGCAUGUUGAUAUUCUGUGCAGUCUGGAUCACUUUUAUCCCAGCGUAUGUCAGCUCUCCUGGAAAGUUCACUGUAGCUGUGGAGAUAUUUGCCAUCCUGGCCUCUAGUUACGGGCUUCUUUUCUGCAUUUUCAUUCCCAAAUUUUAUGUCAUAUUGCUGAGACCAGAACAAAAUACCAAAAAACAUAUCUUGGGAAAAACAAAAUAUAUUCAGUGAUAAAUAUGAUUCCUUUGUUUUGUAAUUGUUAAUUUUCUUGUUACACAAUGUCUAACGCAGUUUAAAUCAGUUCCUUAUGUAAAGAAACACAGUGUUUCUUAAAUACUGUUCUAAUUACACUGUGUAUUUAAAUAAACACAUUUAAUCU